UCCAAUUUCCCGAGAAAAUGCCGUCCUGUGUGAAUUUCUUCUUCAUCAUCUCUGUUUCUGUUGCUAUCUCUGCAGUUUUCUUAUACUCUUCUCCUCUGUCUGGCAUUGCCUCAACUACCACUAAUGAUCAGGUGAACACCCCAGUUCAAGAUUCUGGAAUUUUUGAGGAAGUCUUCCAAUACCCCGAUGUCUUCUUGAGAAAUUACGCUCUAAUGGAGAAGGGUUUCAAAAUCUUCAUAUACGAAAAAACCGAAGAUGAGGCUUUCGUUUAUAAUGAGAAGUACAUGCCCAAGGGGGUUCCUACUGAAGUUGUCUUCACCCACCUUCUCAGUGUAUCCAAAAGAUUUCGUACAUAUGAUGACACUCAGGCUCAUAUGUUUUUCAUUCAACUUACUUGGUUGGAUCUUCGCAGCAGUAUGGGAAGUUAUGCUAGUGCUGAGAAUUUUAUUCGGCAAAUAAUGAACGAGUACCCUCACUGGAAUCGGAGUAAAGGUGUUGAUCACUUUCUUGUGACUUGCUGUUACGCUGGGGCAAAAUUCUCAGAAAUAGUUCCACUAAAUAAUUCAAUAAGAGUCUCUUGUUUGGCAAGAAAUGAUUCCAGACAUGACAUACACCACAAGCACCACCAUAUAACCAUCCCCCAGAUGAGACGGCCACAUGCUCCUCCAGCGCUUGGUAUUGACAUUGACGACAGGACAAUACUCGCUUUCUGGGCUGGUCCCAAAAUUUCUCCAGCAAGUGAAAGUGAUUGGUACGAAUACAUUAAUAAAUUCAUGACAUCUAAGUAUUGCAUUUGUGAUGGAGCAUCAUAUGUCACAAGAAUCUGUAUAACAGACUCAAUCCAUUUUGGAUGUGUUCCAGUUAUCUUGAAUGAGGACUACGAAUUGCCAUUCGGUGACAUCCUUCAUUGGAGAAAAUUUUCUGUAAUAAUCAAUAAGGAUAACGCACAUCAGGUUGAACAGAUCCUUGAAGCCAUAUCGGAUUCAAAAUUCAGUGAACUGCAUAGCAACUUACUCAAGGUUCAAAGGCAUUUCUAUUCGGAUUUAAAAGGACAUAAGCCAUAUGAUGCCUUCCAUAUGAUAAUGUAUGAGCUCUGGUUGCGUCACCUUGCACGGUCUUUUUCUGAUUCCUGA